GUUCUUCGCAUUGUCGUUGUCGUAGGAGGUUGGGGUGAUGUCGCGACAUGCUCCUGCAGUUCAGUACCAAUCAAAAUUAAUCUUGUCGUGCUGCUGUGCUCUUACUUGCAGGAAAAGUGGCACUCCUGUUGUUUUUAACACUUGUCUGUUGAAUUACAACUACGAGCGGCACGUCCUCCACAAACCCGAAAUACUUUUCCAUUUCGUCAAUUUAUAUCAGACUUACCUAACAACGGGUGCCCGCCUUCGUAUAUUUCAUUUCCGUUUUCGUACCCGCAGUACGUCAUUUACGUCUACCUCCCAGUCCCAUUUUAGGAUCGCUCGUUCCUAGAGCCGUGUUACAACGACUUUUCCUUUUCACGACUACUACUCCGAUAGUUUGGUAAUCAUUUUUUUGAAGAAGUAGUACACAGAGGACUUUCCUGUGGCUAGUACCUGUAUUUUUUUGCAAAUUUCCUCGUGGAGGUCGCAAAACAAUUCUGCUUCUGUUCGAAGCCCGACAUGUUCAUCCUGGUUUCGCCGAAGAAGAGCGCGGCGGCGGCGUCUACUCUGAUGAGAUUGGUGAAAAAGAACAUCAUCACAUCUAUAAUCGCCCUGGCCGGCGUCAACUUUAAUAUUUUUCAACAAAACGGUGGUGGAUCAUGUGCCUGUGCGGCUGCGGCCACAGCGACAGCUGCGACGAGACAGAGCGCCGCCUCGAGCAACUACAAGCUCAAUAACUACGAGAAGUCCCGCCGCGGCCAAGGAAGUAGAGGACUACAGCAGCACAACUAUGAUCAUCCUCCCGGGGAGAUCAUGGAGCUGCAGGUCGCGGCGGGACCACUACAAGGCCACAAUUUACAGGCAACCCGCGCGGGGGCAGCACCGGGCAUGAAGAAUGAAAAUAACUACGAGAGAAAACAGCAUGCUACUACAAGUUCAUCUUCUACAAGAACAUCAAGUGGCGCAACAAAUUCUGGCCCAACAAUUUCUAGCGGCGUUCUUGAUGAAGAGCAAAUAUCUCUGGCAGAAAUUUCUUUUGCCCCACGAACUGCUACAUCGAGAAGCUCCACCUUCCCCGGUGAAGUAGGACACGACCAACACACGACGACCUCCACCCUCCGCGAGUUGGACCACGACGACCAGGUUGACCGCCUGCGUCUCGCCGUCGAGGAGAUGGCACGGGAGAUGGCCGCGGUGAAAAUAUCCAACAAAAAAGUGUUAACGUUAACGGUUUUCAUAGGUUGCAGAUAUGCAUGACAGAUUUUGCCUAGUAUGCAUGCUAUGCAUGACAAAUUUGGGCACGUUUUGUGAUGCGUUACUGCAUCACAAAUUCCGUUAACGUUAACACCUUUUGUUCCUGUGAUAGAAAAGGUCGCACGAGCAGAAUGUGGAACAGCUGCACCAAGAGCUACAGGCGGUCAGAGAGCACAAAAAACACGAUAAAGAGCAGCUGGAGGAUCAUGUUGGACAUCAUCAAGGUCCUCGUGCGGUGGAAGAUUUUUCUCUCCUCGAAGUUGUUGUAGCCCCUGAUGCACCAGAAGGUCGUGCAACUACAGGGGCAACAAGCAGAACAAGUGAAGAAGAGCAGCUCCGCCGCAUCGUGCAGGCGGGCGCGUUGAAUGAGAUGACCACGCAGCAACAUCUGGCGAUGACGCUCGGCGGACUCCGCGAAGACUUUACGUUUGCGUUGGUCUUUCUGUGCGUGGGGUACGUGGGCAUUGUGGUGGGAACUCUCCUUCCCGUGAAAAUGAUUUUUCGCCCGCGCAAGUUUCCCACGCAAGAGGAUCUGGACGCCAUCCGGCGGACGGAAGGCGGGGACCGGCUGGUGGAGGGGGUCGUGGUGGAGGACUGCUUCUUUUUGCCCUGGGGCUUCAUGCGGCAGGGCACCCUGAGUUCGCUGGCCCAGGUGCAAAGCUCGGCCGAGGGGCUGCUCUGGACCUCCUUCCUGAUUAUGUACGCCAUGGCUCUCCUGCUGUCCCGCUACACGUUCACUUUGCACACGGCGUGGUGCUAUCCAAUGCAAAUGUGUAGUCUGGGUCUGGAAGAAUGCAACUUCUGAUGCUGUGUCCGAUUCCAAAAAGAUCUGUAGUGGGUAAGCAGUGAACGUGAAGGGAAUGCAAUUUUUGAUACGCGGAGAGGGCAUUUCUCAUGCGGAAUAGGGAUAGGCAUCAAGAACAAGAAGGCCUCAAAAAAUCUGUGAUGCUAGGGCAGGCAUCACAAACAUCAUGGCUCAUGCAAAACGUGCAUGACAACUCUCAGAACAAGACAUAUUUGCAAUGCAUAGGUGCUUCUGGCGCUCGGAGGAGCGGGAUGACUUGGACCUGGACUCGGUUACGUCGCAAUCCUUCCCCGAAAUCGCGUUGCGUGUGGUGUUAUGCAUUGCAAAACUAUCGUACUAGUAUAAAUCGCAUUACAAAUAAGCUCAGCAUUACACAUGACAUUUGUAAUGCUGAUUUACCUUUGGAAAGAGAUUAUGCAUAACAGCAAUGAAUUACUACGAGUGCGAUACUUUUGCAGUUCAUAGGCGUUUCUGGUUGUGCCCGCGUGGCUUUUGAUUCUGACGGCGGCAGUCCCUUCCUUGAGCUUUUUCAUGGACGACGCAGCUGGUGAUCAUUUGGCCGAAGAGGACCAGGACGGGAUGACUGAAGAGGAGAUGAUGGUGAGCUUGAGAAAGCAAAACCGCAUCAGUAACAUGAUGCUGAUCCGGGAAAAUCAAGAAGGGGACCUCGAGCUUUUGGACGAGGAGCCGAACAAGACCAUGACCAAAACGAACAGUACGCCUGGUGUAGUUUCACGUGCGGCUGUUGGUGCUGUUGCAGCUCCUGCCACUAAGCAGGACGUCGAAGUGGAGAAAGAACAACAAAAACUCGCCCAGAUGAACAAGCAGUCGACCGCCAGUGCAGGCUCCACGACUCCUGGACGCAACAAGAAGCUGAGUGCUGUAUGAGGGUGCACAACUCCCCCUCCCCCUGAUUUGUAUUGCAUGAACAGCAAUGGAAGAGCCUGCAAGAGUGCAGCUUUUGCAUGACGAAUUUUCACAGGGUUGCAGUGGUGUCUAGGCCGCGAGAAUCUGUGACGCUAACAAUCCCAAGGGGCAAAGAGUGAAUUUGGUAUUUUGCAUGACAAAUGAGGGGGAGGGGGAGUUGUGCGCUGUGAUAUGCUGCCUCGCAACGCCACGAGCUGGUGAAACGCCUGCUGGGGAUGCACUCGCGCUUUUACGCGAAGUAUCAAAUGCAAAAAUGUCUGGGUCUGGAAGGUUGGAACUUGUGAUGCUAACUUUGAACUCUAAAAAAAUCUGUAAUGCAUGACCAGCAAGAGGAGUCUAGUUUGUGCUACGCGGAGAGGGCAUUUGUCAUACAGAGUAGGCAUCAGGAAGCCGUCUAAAAACCUGUGAUGCUAGGUCGUGCAUUACAGACAUCCUGGGUCAUGCAAAAUAUGCAUGACAAAUCCGGCAACAUUCCAGACCCAGACAUUUUUGCAAUCCAUACGAAGAGGCUCCGCACCAUUCACGGGCUCGCAGCCAUUUUUGGAAUGGGUUUGCUUUUGCUGUUUGAAACCAUUCAGCUUUUCGCCGGCGAGCAGGUGCAGCCUUCCUACGCGUUCGGCCUUUUUGGGUGGAACGCGACGGGCACGGAGUGGGUGAAGCCCAAAGAUGAAGACGCCGGGCACCAGCAAGCAGAUGCUGACAACCACGACGUGUCUGGACCAAGCCGUGACUGGAGCCAAGACCCCUACGGCUUCGCGCAUCCGGAGGGGGCCAGAGAUUUUCAGCGGGAGCACGACCGUUGUGCCAAGGACCGCUGGGUCACACAGCACACCUGGCGGCCCCUCCUCGCGGUCCGCGUGCUAUUGGUGCUGCUGGGUUGGGUCUUCGCUUUUCUUUUCUGCCUGACCCAGUUUUUUCUGGGGCGGCGGGGGAAGAAGACAUCAGAUCCCCAUACCGACACCGUGGAGUCGAGCGAGGUCCUCGUGCCGCGAGCGAAGAAACUGGAGCUCUUCCUCCCGAAAGUGAGCUUUGUGUGUGAGGUGCUUGCAAUCUACGUCGUGUUCUUUCUUCCGGUCGUAUCCACAGUAAAUUUCCCGCACACGUACCCAUGCGGUCUCUUCAUGACAAAAAUUUGUUUCGAUCCUAGUCUAGCAUGACAAGUUUUACGCUUCAAAUUGGUGAAAUUUGUGAUGCAUCUUGUACAUGUACGGGAAAUUUGUAUUGCAUAGGUCGCUAGGGCGAUCCAAACGCUUCGCGAGCCGUUGCCCGUUCCCUACGUGCCCGCAGAGGCAAUAUCCUGAGGAAAAACGACGUCCCUCUGCCCAGAGUGGUCACGCAGAUAAUUUGCAGGAGGUUUUAAUACAGGAAGAAUUCUAAUGCGCAUCGCCAUGAGAAGACGACGAGGCAUUUGCAUUUCCAAUCGUGCCUUGGAUGAAUUUGUAUACGCUGUAAACAGGAUAAAGUAGAGACGGCUUUGUGACGCGGCAGUGCUUGCUAAAGAACCUAAACUGGACUACAAUAGAGAUGAGAGGAACUUGUCAACACGCGUGACUCUGACUCCCGAGGAAAUAUCUUCUGGACUUGUGUUGCGAGAUCCCCAUCUUGAUUUUCGGGUGGGGACGUUUUUCCACACGAUAGGACACGGCUUAUCGUGAGGACUGGGUCUUGUCUAUCACAAGAAAAAGUGUUAACGUUAACGGAAUUUGUGAUGCAGAAAUGCAUCACAAGACGUGUCAGAGUUUGUCAUGCAUAGCAUGCGUAUUGGGCUACAUUUGUGAUGCAUGACUGCAAUCUGUGAAAGUGAAACCCGUUAACGUUAGCACUUUCUCCUGUGAUAUUGUCCGAUGCCGUGGAGGCUUUUUACCUCGAGAACCGCGCGAGGCAGUCGGCCCCGCGCAAUGAGGACAAUUGCGGCACCUACUGGGGUAUGAAAUGUAAAAAUGUCUGGGUCUGGAAGAUUAGAAGAACUUGUCAUGCUAAAUCUGAAUGAUGCAAAAAUCUGUGUUGCGUGAGUACCAAAAGCUGUCCGCUUUUGAACAAGUUGAGAGGGAGUCUCUCAUGCAGGAAAGGCAUGAUAGAGACCCCCAAGAAUCUGUGAUGCUGGGCCUCGCAUUCCAGACCUCAUGGGUCAUGGAAAACCUGCAUCACAAAUCUUGCAUUCUUCCAGACCCAGACACUUUUACAAUCCAUAUGGGGGAGCAUCGCCUUGUGGGGAAAGUGCACUGACUACGGUGCACGCGCGAGCGACUGGUGGUGGGACCAUGCGGGCUAAGGGGAUUUUUACACAGCUGCAGCUCAAAAAGUUGUCGUGCGUAGCGGUGGUAGCUCUAUUUCAUGUUCUAGUUUCGGAAACUAGAACAUGAAAUAGAAAUUGUUUUUGUUUCGAUUUAGUUCUACCUUUCAGCACCAGGAGCAGGCCAAUCAAUUUAGUUGUACUUCUAAUUCUAUGUGACUUGGUCCUCAACUCUGCAUGCCUUUUGUACCAUACAUAAGCAAUUUGGAGCUGUUCCAAUGGAACAAAAAAAACUUCUUCUCGUCGUUGAAGACUUCUGUUGUCUGCGAAGUGGUAGUUUGAUAAUCUGUAUUCUGGUCUCUCUACUUCUACCUCACAGUCAUCUGCAGCGUUUUCUAGCGCAUCUUCCCAAGAAAACGAAAGCAUUUUUUAUAGCGGAUGCCGCGCAUCCAAUAUCCCCAUGUUGAUUGAGUAGCCUGUCGGGCUGGAGGCAGUUGAACAACAUGAGCAUCAUGGUCGAAUUAUAGUUAGG